GCCUUGCCGCGAUUGCUAUAAAGCCACUCGCCACCCACCUCCGGGUGUCACCUCAAAGUACAGUUUCCUCAGAGUUUUUUUAUUUUCUCUUCGGUGGGAGUAGGCAAGGGAGAGUGAGUGUGCAGUGAGCGCCAUGGGAACAACCCGCGAGCACCUCCUGCUCGACCCGGCGGCGCUGGCCGUCUCUUGGGCUGACCCGUCGGCGGUGGAGAUCCCUCCGGAGCUGCUUGCUGCGCUGGGGGAGUACCUGUCCGCCAGGCGCGGCGAGGGGGAGGCUGAGGCCGACGCCGCCGAGGCGGAGGCUGACGACGAGUUCAUGAUGUACGAGUUCAAGGUGCGGCGGUGCGCGCGGGCGCGGAGCCACGACUGGACGGCGUGCCCGUACGCGCACCCGGGCGAGGCCGCGAGGCGGCGUGACCCGAGGCGCGUGGCGUACACGGGCGAGCCGUGCCCGGACUUCCGCCGGCGGCCGGGCGCCGCGUGCCCCAGGGGCAGCACGUGCCCGUUCGCGCACGGCACGUUCGAGCUGUGGCUCCACCCGUCGCGCUACCGCACGCGCCCGUGCCGCGCUGGCGUCGCGUGCCGCCGCCGCGUCUGCUUCUUCGCGCACACCGCCGGCGAGCUCCGCGCCUCGCCCAAGGAGGACUCGCCGCUGUCGCUCUCACCCAAGUCGACCCUGGCCUCUCUCUGGGAGUCGCCGCCGGUGUCGCCGGUUGAGGGGAGGAGGUGGGUGGACGGCAUGGAUGAAUGCGACGCGGACGUGGAGAUGGAAGAGCUGAUGCUUGCAAUGCGGGAGCUCGGCCUCAGAAAGGCGAGGCCGUCGCCAUCGCCCGUAACGCCUGUGCUCCCGCCGGUGACGGACGAGGACGGGCCGGAUUUCGGGUGGGUGUCCGAGCUUGUGAUGUAAAAGCAUCUGACAAGCUCCAAGACAUCAUCAUCUUUCAGCGUCGGCAAUUACGAUCGAUGCAGAGGCGCCUCUCGGAACAGCUUCAUUAAUUAUUAAGUUCACUUCAAUUCGAGCAUUUUCGCAAAUUUGCAUCAUUCUUCUGUACAUAAACAAAUAUGGUGCAAGACGAUCUGAACACAGCAACCUGUAACUGUAAGUGUGGCGUGCGUUUUCCUAUCUUUUUUUUUUUUCGAAAAUCUUGGGAGCUGUCCUAGCAACCAUGGUUUUGAUUGUUAUCGACCAGUGUAGAUAUGGAGUGUAAUAUGCCUACUAAAGAGCCUCUGCUAGUCUGCUUGUUUCGUGAUAUUAUCACAUUUGAUGUACUUAUUAUGCUAAAUAUCGAUAUGCUUUU